ACACACACACGUCUUCAAAAUGCCCCGCUGUUUGAUGGCAAAAAAGUGGAAAGCCUAUCCAUGGCCCGACCGAGCAGAAGAACAACCAGCCACCGAGCAAGAGCCGGACACGAUAUCCUCUUUAACGACCACCACCGCCAGCAUUAGCACAAACAGUCCACACCCGGUAGCAUCUUCACCAUCUACGGUAGAACGAACAAGCGGCGGCAGCAGUAGUAGUAGUGGUGGUAGCAGUAGUAGUGGCAGUGGUAGUCCUAGUAGCACCACAUCCAGCUCGUCUACGUCGGUUGCGCCUGAAUGUAGUCAACCGCAGAGCAACGCAACGACACAAACCCAGCCAAGCGAGAUCGGCGAGGAAGAUGAAGAAAUUGACGUUGUGGGUGAUUCGCCGGCGGCAGCAACGGCCACAGCGGCCAGCAGCAAGUCCACCGGCAGUACGGUAGCCACCUGUUGGGGUCCUUCCUCACCGACGGCCGGUGCAACGGCACCGAGCCCACCGCCCCAUUCGCCGGAAGCGGCCACGCGCGAGUCAACCAUCCUGUACAACGGUUAUGGUCAGGACAUUUCUCAUCACUUUACCGCCUACCUGCCAAAGUUGGACCCGGAGUCAUCCAGCUAUCAACAGCAGCAACAGCAGCAACAGCAGCAGCAGCAGCAACAAUCUUCAUCCCAGCAACAGUUCAUCGCACUCGCACCUUUAUGUGCAACGCCCUCAACCACCUCAGCCUCACCGAGUGCGAGCAGCGCUGGACCGGACAGUCCGCAACGUUCACCAUCCCAGAAAAAGUCUCUCGCCAUGUGCUUCACCAGUACCGGCACUGCCCUAUCGUUGCCCCCGAAGAAGAAAGACAUCUACCGGCCGUACUCGUUGGACGAUAGGCCUCCGAGGCCUAGUUACGAGCUUCGCAUUCCGGCCGAGGAGGAUCUACACGCCGCUCAUGCCAUCCUGGACCUGAGUGCCUCGACGGCUUUCCUACCUCCGCCGGCACCGCACCAACUUCUCGCCCAGCAGCAACCUCCCUCACCUUCGCACCAGCCCCCGCAUGCCACCACCAGCCCAACCGUUGUGCUUGUGUCCGCAAAAUCUUCCACCAGCGAUCCGGACCGUCGACCGUUGCAAACUCACCAUCAGCAACAGCCUGCACCACAUCCGCUGCACCAGACGUCGUCACCCCUUCCUCCUCUACAGUCACCGCCGACCGUACCGCAUGCACUGAGCUCACCGGAGCAGAAUGAGAACCGCAACAGCACAAACACGCUGCCCGGCUACUCGUCGCACGAUGCCUCGAUGGAUUCGUCCUCGGACGAGAUGCAGCAGUCGACCGAAUCGUCCGACUCGGAAGGUAAGAAUGGUUCGAAAACGGUUGCCUACACGUACGAAGCAUUUUUUGUCAGCGAUGGACGCUCGAAGAAAAAGAUGGCCGACCCGAAGACGGCGCUGGAGAACAAGGCCAAGUACACGUGCACGGAGUGUGGCAAGCAGUACGCUACCUCGAGCAAUCUUUCGCGCCACAAGCAAACGCACCGAAGCCUUGACUCGCAAUCGGCGAAGAAAUGUCACACCUGUGGCAAAGCGUACGUCUCCAUGCCGGCACUGGCGAUGCACGUCCUAACGCACAAACUGUCGCACAGUUGCGGUGUCUGCGGGAAGCUGUUUUCGCGUCCGUGGCUCCUGCAGGGACAUCUUCGAUCGCACACGGGCGAAAAACCGUACGGGUGUGCGCACUGCGGCAAAGCGUUUGCCGAUCGGUCAAACCUGCGUGCCCACAUGCAGACACACUCGAUCGACAAGAACUAUCAGUGCGGUCGGUGCCACAAAACGUUCGCGCUCAAAUCGUACCUCAACAAGCAUCUGGAGUCGGCCUGCUUUAAGGAGGAUGGUGCACCACAAUCGCCACCGAUGUCACCCGGUUCGCUGGACGGUUCGUCGAUGGAUGAGCUGCACUCGACGCCACUCUCCGAUCGACGUCCAGCGAUGGCGCUCAAGCGCGAAAAGAACGUCGACAUCGAGGGCGACGAAUCGGACGAUGCGAUGCACUGUCCGUCGCCGAUGUCACCGGUACCUCACCUUGCUAUCAGCCCUAGUGCCGGCUCGAACGGUACGGGUAGCAUCUUUGUGAUGAAAAACUUUGCCGCCGGUCGGUUGACGAAUGGCAGUGCAUCACCGAGCGGCGGGCUGGCUAGCGGGGCGGCGGCAGCUGCUGCGGCUGCGGCCGCAGCGGCAGCAGCAGCAGUACUAGGACCAGCCGCUAUACUAACGACAACGAACCAUCCGCACCAUCACCACAGUCACCAUCACCAGCAGCAGCAGCAGCAACACCACCAGCAACAGCCGCACCAUCACCUUCACCAGCACACGCAUCCAGCUUCGGCGGCAGCGGCUGCUGCUGCGGCGGCGGCGGCGGCGGCUGCUGCGGCUGUACAGAUAAACGUCAACUUUGCCGGGUAA